GGGGCUGUCAGGGCCGCGUGACGCAUGCGCAGUGGGACUUCAACAAAGAUGGCGGGGGUCGGGGAACUGGGUCUGGUGGAUCUGCCUACUGACCCUCUGCUGCUUAUCCUGUCCUACCUGGACUUCCGGGAUCUGCUCAGUUGUAGUCUUGUUAACCGAAGACUAAACCAGCUGUCCAGCCACGACCCUCUCUGGAAACGUCCGUGCCGGAUAUUUUGGCUUCUGCCUGACGAUAAGAAGGCAAUAAGGAGUCAGAGCUGGAAGUCGUCAUUCAUAGAGUAUUACAGGGAUCUGGGCCGAUACAUCGAUCACUACGCCAAGCUCAAAUCCGCAUGGGAUUCACUUAAGGAAUAUCUUGGGGAACGGUGUCCUCGAAUGAUCAGUUCUCUUAAAACUGGUGUUCGGGAGGAAGACCUAAACUCAGUGGAGGAACGGAUAGGCUGCAAGCUCCCCGAUGAUUACCGGUGUUCCUUGCGGAUUCACAACGGACAGAAACUCGUGGUACCCGGACUCAUGGGCAGCAUGGCGCUAUCGAACCAUUACCGCUCCGAGGACUUGCUGGAUAUAGACACGGCGGCUGGUGGCUUUCAGCGCAGGAUGGGCCUCAAUCACUGCCUGCCGAUCACCUUCUGCAUCCACACCGGGCUCAGCCAGUACCUGGCAUUGACAGAUGCUGAAGGAAGACGUCGCAAUGAAGUCUUCUACCAGCGGCCGGACCAGACAGCUCACAAUCCAGCUGCGCUCGAUAUGUUUAUAACAGGUACAUCCUUUUCCCAGUGGUUCACGACCUAUGUGCAGCAUGUUGUCUCAGGUGACUAUCCUAUCAUCAGGGACCAGAUCUUCAGGUAUGAACACGACAAGGACUGCGUGGCGACUACUGAUGAGAUCGCUGUGUCCGUUUCCACAUCUUUCCUCCCGGAGCUGAGCUCCAUCCACCCCCCGCAUUACUUCUUCACCUACAGAAUCAAGCUUGAGAUGUCGAAGGACGCCUUCCCGGAAAAAGCGUGCCAACUGGAGAGCCGCUACUGGAGAAUAACUAAUGCUAAGGGCGACGUGGAGGAGGUGCAGGGGCCAGGAGUCGUAGGUGAUUACCCCCUGCUAAGGGCAGGUCGUGUGUAUGAAUAUACAAGCUGUACCACCUUCUCCACAACCUCGGGGUACAUGGAGGGCUAUUACACGUUCCACCGCCUGGACAGGAAAGAGGAGAGUUUCAAUGUCACCAUCCCUCGAUUCCACAUGAAGUGUCCAACGCUUCGGGUGUCCACCAUUGCUACUGAUGAAUGUUGCAAUGACUGCUUCCUUCACGAUGAUGACUCUACUGACACCGAUGAUUACAUGGAUAGACCGAGGUCCUUGGACAUGCCUAUGCCUCCAGUCCACUGCCCUCGUUACACUUGAACUUGUCUGACCUUAAAACAGCAGCCGCUGAAGACGAUAUAUAUAUAUUUUUUAGCAUGUGUGCUGGGUUUUUGCUGUAUGUCUUUUUUUGAUAACAAUUUAGAGAUGACCCCCGUUCCUGUUUUGCAUGUUUCUACAAAACGCGGCCGCAGCUCCUGGCUCACUGCGUGUUAUCCGCCGUUUACUCAUCUCGGACUGAUGCUUACAGACAACGUGUUGGCAUCAAACACUGACCCCCAGGAGUGGCCGAGGAGGUAUUUCAUUUAAUCAUGACCUCAUGUGUGCAAAUAAUUACAAAUCAAGAACCAGAGGUUUCAAGAAAAAUAAAAAUACAGGAAUGGCCAAAA